AUGUCCGCUUCAGGUGUCCCGGGCCCCUCGACUCCCAACGCGCUAGGGGAGACUCGAUCAGCAAAGUCCAAUGAGGGGAAUCAGGCUGAGCGGCAAGUGACGUCGGCUGGCCUCGAAUCAACAGCGCAGGCGCAGAAUGAGUCCUCGACCGAGAUACAUAAUACUGGAAUCGUUCCGUUAGUUAAGACGAAAGAAGGGCCUCAGAGUGCCCCAGGAUCCUUAACACCAGCCCCGCCGGAUAUGCCCGCCGCCAUGGAUCCUCCGACCACUUCUACAUCAGAAGAAGCCGCUCCUGCGGGGCAAAUGGAGGGCCUCUCUAUAUCGAACAAUAAACCAGAGCAGGCGUCGGCGUCGGCGACGGCGUCAGACACAAGCGCAACCCCGCCCCCUCCGCCUGAAAAGGACGAGUCAUAUGUCAGCCGUGCGGGUACUACAGAGUGGACAGAGAAGGAGCUGCCAGAUGUGCCGAACGACGGUGCGAAGAAGGUAGAGACUGGGAAGCGGCGCGCCAGGGAUGAUGAUUCUCAGCCAGAGAUACAGACCAUCAUGGGGCAGUUUGCAGAUACCGCUCACGACGGGGCUGAGGAGCAGGUCAUGUCCCCUCGGAUGGAACUAGCUGAGCAGUUUCUCGGAGGCCCCGGUCACUUUCCACCCAGGAAAUCCAGCUUGGAUCAUGGAAUGGCCAAAGGAAUCGUCCAACAAGCCCCUAAAACCGUGGGGGGAUCCCAGCCUUCGUCAGAAAAACAGCCCGCGUCGAUUGCCAAUAACAUCCAUAGAAACUCCACGGCUGAGGAGUUCACAUUGACUCGACGAUCCUCGACGUCCACUAUUCCUCCACCACCGGAACCUGAACCUGACCAACCAUUUGACUUUCACCGUUUUCUCGAACAGUUACGACACCGCACUGCGGACCCCGUCGCCAAAUUUCUACGAUCAUUCCUUCACGAGUUUGGAAAGCGACAGUGGAUGGUCCAUGAACAAGUCAAAAUCAUCAGUGACUUUUUAGCUUUUAUAACCAAUAAGAUGGCCAUUUGCGAGGUAUGGCGAGAUGUCUCGGACAGUGAAUUCGAUAACGCCAAAGAAGGCAUGGAGAAGCUUGUGAUGAAUCGACUUUAUUCCCAGACUUUCUCGCCUGCUAUCCCUGGACCACCCUCGAUUCCGCGGAGUGCGAGCAGAAGCAAGCGGCGAGAGAUGGAAAGACUGCACGGGCCUUGGAGAAGGGGACAACAUCAGGAAGAUGUUGAACGGGAUGAGGUUUUGGCGCAGAAAAUGCGGAUAUACAGCUGGGUCAAGGAAGAGCACCUCGACAUUGCACCAGUGAGCUCGCAAGGUCGCCGAUUCUUGACUCUUGCUCAACAGGAAUUGUUGAAGCUGAACGGAUACCGAGCACCUCGUGACAAGGUCAUUUGUAUCUUGAACUGCUGCAAGGUUAUUUUUGGCUUGCUACGGAAUGCGAAGAAAUCAGAUACCUCGGCGGAUUCGUUCGUGCCACUUUUGAUAUACGUCGUUCUACAAGCCAACCCAGAGCAUCUAGUGUCAAACAUACAGUAUAUUCUACGGUUUCGAAAUCAAGAGAAACUCGGAGGAGAAGCGGGCUAUUACUUAUCCUCCCUGUCCGGAGCUAUACAAUUCGUCGAAACGCUGGACCGAACAAGCCUCACUGUGAGCGAUGAAGAGUUUGAACAGAAUGUUGAAGCCGCCGUUUCCGCGAUAGCUGAACAACACCGUGCAUCUGAGGCUUCCGAACCAAGAGCAUCUAUUGACAGCGCCCCGGGCCCAUCCCGGAUAUCGGCUGAUAACCCGCGCAACCCUGGGCGGAGGGACGCUUCGCAAACACGGGAGGAUGACAAUGCUCCUGUAGCAGGGUUACUUCGAACAAUCCAGAAGCCACUGUCUACCAUAGGGAGGAUCUUUUCGGAUGAAUCUGAAUCACAGCCAGAAAAGUCGGCCCAGCCUGCUUCAGCACAGCAUCCUGGAAUUUCACGGCGGUUGACUCCUAACGUCUACCAACCACCUCGAGCUAGUGGUGAAGAACGACGAUCUGGCGAACGGGCCCGCUCCCGUGGAGCGCAGCCCUCGCCAUCCCGAGCACUUGAUGCUCAAGAUGCUGCUGCCCGACAGGCUAGUGCGGAGGAUGCCGAAGCUCGACGGAUACAAAGCGCAGAGCAUAACAACGUCGUCGAGACUCUCUCUAACAUGUUUCCCAACCUUGACCGUGAUGUGAUUGAUGAUGUGGUCAAGAUGAAAGAGGGAAGGGUUGGUCUAGCUGUAGAUGCAUGCUUAGCUCUCAGUGGUGGUGAUGCAUCGUAG